GCGUGAGAUGCACUUGUAGCCUAGCGGGUCCGGCUCCUCUUGGCAGGUGCUUGCUUGAAGCUCUGGCUGAGGAAAAUGAGCGUGAUGCUGUGGCGCUGGGAACAGAAUAACACGACCAUGAAAUUGAUUUAUACAGAUUGGGCCAAUCACUACCUAGCAAAAUCUGGCCAUAAACGUUUGAUAAAGGACCUACAGCAAGAUGUGACUGAUGGAGUUUUACUUGCUGAAAUCAUCCAGGUUGUCGCAAAUGAAAAGAUUGAAGACAUCAAUGGCUGUCCAAAGAAUAAAUCUCAAAUGAUUGAAAACAUAGAUGCGUGCCUGAGUUUUUUGGCUGCCAAAGGAAUAAACAUACAGGGACUGUCGGCAGAAGAAAUCAGGAAUGGGAAUUUAAAGGCCAUCUUAGGCCUUUUCUUCAGUCUAUCACGAUACAAGCAGCAGCAACAGCAGCCCCCCAAACAGCAUUCACAGCAUCACCCAUCCCAGCAACCUCCCUCAUCACCCCAACAAGUAGGGCCUCUAUCCCAGUGCCAGGCUGGAUUGCAAGAGCAGCAUCCACUUCAGGUGCCGGAUUCACCCCAAUCACAGUGCCAAGCCCAGCAAACUCCUCUUCUUCACUUAAAAGCACAACCAGAAAUGCAGUCCAGUGCUUCACCCAGGGACUCAUCUCAAAGCAAAAUCAUCCGAUUCACUCUUGGUCAGAAAAAGACUUCUAGACUUCCAGGUCCAACCACGAGGGUUUCAGCUGCAGGCAGCGAGGCAAAAACUCGUGGUUCAGUUAGUGCCAACAACCGGCGCAGCCAGAGCUUUAACAACUAUGACAAAUCCAAACCCACAAGCCCACCAUCACUUCUAUCAAACAGCAAUGAAAAGGAGCCAGCAGACAGUUUAGCCUCCCAGUUCACAGGAAUGAAUGAAAAUGCACCAUCUUCAGUUCAAAGCAGCAGUAGCAACAAUGCUGCCAGUUGCAAUAACUCCUCAGCCAUUCCCCAGCCUAGCACUGCUGUUAAACCCUGGCGUAGUAAGUCACUUAGUGCUAAGCACACAGCCACGUCUUCCAUAUUAUCAGUAAAGCAGCCAGUUCAAGAGUCUCCAAAGCCCCCUUCAGAGAUGGUCAAAACAACUCCCAAUGGUCAGAAAUCCAUGCUUGAGAAGCUGAAACUCUUUAACACAAAAGGUGUCUCCAAAGCAGGAGGGCCAUCCCUUGAAUGUCCAGGACCUCAGGAGACCAGUUGUGAAAGACUAGAGCUUCUUCCUAGCUUUGAAGAAAGUGAAGAGAUGGAUGCUGCAAAUCGGAAUGUGAACAACCCGGGACCAACAUCUAAUAGUCCCAAAAUUGCACUCAAGGGAAUUGCACAAAGAACUUUUAGCCGGGCACUGACCAAUAAGAAGAGUUCCCCAAAAGGCAGUGAAAAAGAAAAAGAGAAACAGAAAGAUAAAGAUAAAGAAAAGGAAAAAAACAAAGACAUUGCAAAGAGAACAUCCGUAACAGAGAAAACAGAGGUCAAAGAGGAGCCAAAAGAAGAACAGACCCCACCAGCUACAACAGAGAUGCCAAAAAAAUCCUCCAAGAUUGCAAGCUUUAUCCCUAAAGGUGGAAAGCUGAAUAGUGCCAAGAAGGAGGCUGCUGCCCCUUCGCAAAGUGGAAUACCAAAACCAGGAAUGAAAAACACCACAGGGAAAUCCUCAAGUGCCCCCAGUUGUUCUGCUAAGGAAGGAGAGAGAAGCCGCAGUGGGAAGCCUGCUUCAGGCCCAUCUCAUCAGAAGUCCCAGUUAGACAAUAGGAAUUCCGGUUCUAUGUCAAGUUUGGCCUCCUCUGAAGGGAGAGGGAUCACAGGAGUGCCUACUCUGACUACUAGCAGUAGCAUCCAGGCUGUCAAUGGGCCCACAAGUACCACACAGACCACAGGCAGCAAUACUGUGAGUGUUCAGCUACCUCAUCCACAACAGCAAUACAGCCACCCAAACACUGCCACAGUAGCACCAUUCAUGUACAGAUCACAGACAGACAAUGAAGGAAAUGUAACUGCUGAACCCAGCACUGGAGGGGUGAACAUGGGCAUGGAUUCUGCUCCGUACACAAAAACCGGACAGCCUAUUGUAGAAGAUCUUUCAGGGGAAGAUCCAGAAACCCGCCGACUGCGAACUGUCAAGAAUAUAGCUGAUCUCCGGCAAAACCUAGAGGAGACCAUGUCUAGCUUACGGGGAACCCAGGUCUCUCAUAGCACCUUGGAGACCACCUUCGAUACCAAUGUCACCACUGAAAUAAGCGGCCGCAGUAUUCUCAGUUUGACAGGAAGGCCAACACCCUUAUCUUGGAGACUUGGGCAGUCAAGUCCCCGCCUUCAGGCAGGUGAUGCUCCAUCAGUGGGCAAUGGAUAUCCCCCAAGAGCCAAUGCCAGCCGGUUUAUCAAUGCAGAAUCAGGACGUUACACCUAUUCAGCUCCUUUGAGGAGACAGCUAGCAUCUCGGGGGAGUAAUGUUUGCCAUGUGGACGUCUCAGACAAAGGAGGUGAUGACAUUGAUUUAGAGGGCAUCACUAUGGAUGCUACAGGAUAUAUGAGUGAUGGAGAUGUUCUGGGCAAGAACAUAAGGACUGAUGAUGUUACCAGUGGGUACAUGACUGAUGGUGGGCUGGGGCUUUACACUCGAAGAUUAAAUAGACUUCCUGAUGGAAUGGCUGUUGUACGGGAAACUCUGCAACGCAACACCUCACUGGGUCUGGGGGAUGCUGACAGCUGGGAUGACAGCAGUUCGGUCAGCAGUGGGAUCAGUGACACUAUAGACAACCUCAGCACUGAUGACAUUAACACCAGCUCCUCUAUCAGCUCUUAUGCCAACACACCUGCAUCAUCUCGUAAGAAUCUGGAUUCCCAGACUGAUGCUGAAAAGCAUUCUCAAGUGGAGCGGAAUUCCUUGUGGUCUGGUGAUGAAAUCAAGAAAUCAGAUGGGGGCUCAGACAGCGGCGUAAAAAUGGAGCCUGGAUCUAAAUGGAGACGGAAUACCUCUGAUGUGUCUGAUGAAUCUGAUAAAAGCACUUCUGGGAGGAAGAAUACAGUCAUUUCACAGACAGGUUCUUGGAGACGGGGCAUGUCGGCUCAAGUUGGCAUUACCACACCAAGGACAAAAACGUCAUCCACCUCAGGAACUUUGAAGACACCUGGAACAGGGAAAACUGACGAUGCCAAGGUGUCAGAAAAGGGUAGAAUUUCUCCCAAAUCAGGACAUGUUAAACGUUCUCCAUCAGAUGCAGGACGUAGCAGUGGUGAUGAAUCGAAAAAACCUCCUGCGAACAACUCUAGAACAGCUGCUGCCAAUACAAAUAUGUUUGGAUUUAAAAAACAGAGUGGGUCAACUGUUGGAAUGACCAUAAUAACAGCCAGUGGUGCAGCUAUCACCAGUAGAUCUGCUACUCUGGGCAAAAUCCCCAAAUCAUCUGGACUUAUGGGUAGGUCCACUGGUCGGAAGACUAGUGUUGAUGGCUCACAGAAUCAGGACGAUGGUUACUUAGCCCUUAGUACCCGAACCAAUCUUCAGUACCGAAGCUUACCUAGGCCCAGCAAAUCCAGCAGCAGAAGUGGAGCUGGUAAUAGAUCUAGCACCAGCAGCAUAGAUUCUAACAUCAGCAGCAAAUCAGCAGGCUUGCCUGUUCCUAAAAUGAGAGAACCGCCAAAAGUGGCUCUUGGAAGCUCUUUGACAGGCUUAGUCAACCAAACAGAUAAGGAAAAAGGAAUCUCGUCAGACAAUGAAAGCGUGGCCUCUUGUAACUCCAUUAAAGUCAACCCUGCAUCUCAGGUGGCUUCCAGCUCAUCCCAGAAUGCUCACCAGCAAGGAGUGAAGUACCCAGACGUGGCCUCCCCCACACUGCGCAGACUUUUUGGUGGAAAGCCAAGUAAACAAGCUCCCAUCACAACAGCAGAAAGCAUGAAAAAUUCUGUGGUCAUCUCCAACCCACAUGCAACCAUGAAUCAGCAGGGGAACCCAGAUUCUCCUUCGGGCAGUGGUAUUCUGAGCAGUGGCGGUAGUAGUCCCCUUUACAGUAAAAAUGCAGACAUGAACCAGUCUCCAUUAGCAUCUAGUCCCAGUUCAGCUCAUUCAGCUCCUUCCAACAGCUUAACCUGGGGCACUAAUGCCAGUAGCUCUUCUGCCAUUAGCAAGGAUGGCAUUGGAUACCAGUCUGUCAGCAGCUUGCACACCAGUUGUGAAUCCAUUGAUAUAUCUCUCAGCAGUGGAGGUGGGCUGAGCCAUAACUCUUCUAGUGGCUUGGUGGCAGCUUCUAAGGAUGACUCAUUGACUCCCUUUGUGAGAACCAACAGUGUUAAGACAACAUUGUCAGAAAGCCCUCUCUCUUCCCCUGCGGCUAGUCCCAAAUUCUGCAGAAAUACUUUACCCAGGAGGCAGGACAGCGACCCUCAUCUUGAUAGGAACACUUUGCCUAAGAAAGGACUCAGGUAUACUCCAUCAUCACAACUUCGUAAUCAAGAAGAGGCCAAAGAAUGGCUGCGUUCACAUUCUGCAGGAGGUCUUCAGGAUACUGUUGUCAAUUCUCCGUUUUCUUCUGGGUCCAGUGUAACAUCACCUUCUGGGUCUAGAUUUAACUUCUCCCAACUUGCAAGCCCCACCACAGCAGCCCAGAUAAGCUUGUCAAAUCUACCCAUGCUACGGACGCACAGUCUUUCUAAUGCAGAUGGCCCUUAUGAUCCUUACAGUGACACCCGGUUCCGGAACAGCUCAGUGUCACUUGAUGAAAAGAGCAGAGCAAUGAGCCGUUCUGGGUCAUUCCGGGAUGGCUUUGAAGAGGUGCACGGCUCCUCUCUCUCUCUGGUUUCAAGCACGUCCUCUAUUUAUUCAACGCCUGAAGAAAAGUGUCAGUCAGAGAUUCGCAAGCUAAGGAGGGAGUUGGAUGCAUCUCAAGAGAAAGUCUCAGCUCUGACAACACAGUUGACUGCCAAUGCUCACCUUGUAGCGGCGUUUGAGCAAAGCUUGGGAAACAUGACCAUUCGACUGCAAAGCCUAACCAUGACAGCAGAACAGAAGGAUUCAGAACUGAAUGAGUUAAGAAAAACUAUCGAACUACUGAAGAAACAAAAUGCUGCUGCUCAGGCUGCUAUUAAUGGAGUAAUUAACACACCUGAGCUCACCUGCAAAGGAAAUGGGACUGCUCAAACUGCUGAUUUGCGGAUCCGAAGACAACAUUCUUCAGACAGUGUGUCUAGUGUUAAUAGUGCUACUAGCCAUUCAAGUGUGGGAAGCAACAUAGAAUGCGACUCCAAGAAAAAGAAAAGAAAAAACUGGUUGCGUAGCUCCUUCAAACAAGCUUUUGGUAAAAAGAAGUCUCCCAAGUCAGCAUCUUCUCAUUCAGAUAUUGAGGAGAUGACAGAUUGUUCUCUGCCUUCAUCGCCAAAACUGCCUCACAAUGGCUCAGUUGUUUCUACCCCACUACUGAGAACUUCUCAUUCCAAUUCUCUGAUUUCAGAAUGUACUGAUAGUGAAGCAGAAACUGUCAUGCAGUUGCGAAAUGAGUUGAGAGACAAAGAGAUGAAGCUGACUGAUAUCCGUCUGGAGGCGCUGAGCUCAGCCCACCAACUCGACCAGCUUCGGGAGGCCAUGAACAGGAUGCAGAGCGAGAUUGAAAAACUAAAAGCAGAAAAUGACCGACUCAAAUCUGAAAACCAAGGCAGCUGCAGUAGGACCCAGUCUCAGGUUUCCAUUUCAUCCUCUCCACGGCAGUCUAUGGGUCUAUCACAGCACAGCCUAAACAUCACAGAGUCAGCUAGUCUUGACAUGCUACUGGAUGACCCUGGUGAUGGUUCUUCUCGGAAAGAAGGAGGCAGGCAUGUUAAAAUAAUCAUCAGCUUUCAGGAUGAAGUAAAGUGGAAAGAGGAUUCUAGACCUCGUCUCUUCCUCAUUGGCUGUAUUGGUGUCAGUGGAAAGACCAAAUGGGAUGUCCUGGAUGGUGUUGUUCGAAGGUUGUUCAAGGAAUAUAUCAUUCAUGUAGAUCCUGUGAGUCAACUAGGGUUGAAUUCAGACAGCGUUGUGGGGUACAGCAUCGGAGAAAUUAUACGCACUAAUACUGCAGAGACACCUGAAUUGCUGCCUUGCGGCUACCUGGUUGGUGAAAACAAUACCAUCUCAGUCACUAUCAAAGGCAUUAUGGAGAACAGUUUGGACAGCCUGGUGUUUGAGUCUCUCAUCCCAAAGCCUAUACUGCAGCGCUAUGUGUCACUGUUGAUGGAGCAUAGGAGAAUCAUCUUAUCUGGUCCAAGUGGCACAGGAAAAACAUAUUUGGCCAAUCGGCUGUCAGAAUACAUGGUGCUUAGAGAGGGCAGAGAGCUGGCGGAUGGUGCUAUUGCAACAUUUAAUGUGGAUCAUAAGUCCAGUAAGGAACUCCGCCAGUAUCUUUCCAACCUUGCUGACCAAUGCAACAGUGAGAAUAAUGCUGUGGAGAUGCCACUAGUUAUCAUACUGGACAACUUGCAUCAUGUUAGUUCCCUGGGAGAGAUCUUCAAUGGGCUCUUGAACUGCAAGUACCAUAAAUGUCCUUACAUUAUAGGAACAAUGAACCAGGCAACUUCCUCAACACCUAAUCUUCAGCUACACCACAACUUCAGAUGGGUGUUAUGUGCCAAUCACACUGAGCCAGUAAAAGGUUUUCUUGGCCGUUUCUUGAGAAGAAAACUUGUUGAAACAGAAAUUGGCUGCAGAAUGAGAAGUGCAGAACUGGUUAAAAUCAUUGACUGGAUUCCCAAAGUCUGGCAACAUCUCAACAAGUUCUUAGAGGCUCACAGUUCUUCAGAUGUUACUAUUGGUCCACGACUUUUCCUCUCUUGCCCAAUAGAUGUAGAUGGUUCAAGAGUGUGGUUUACUGACCUGUGGAACUACUCCAUUGUUCCCUAUCUGCUUGAAGCAGUCAGAGAAGGGCUACAGUUGUAUGGAAGAAGAGCCCCUUGGGAGGACCCUGCCAAAUGGGUAAUGGACACUUAUCCAUGGGCAGCCACCCCACAGCACCAUGAAUGGCCCCCUUUGCUGCAACUGCGGCCAGAAGAUGUUGGAUUUGAUGGGUAUUCCAUGCCACGAGAAGGUUCAACCAGCAAGCAAGUUCCACCCAGUGAUGCUGAAGGAGAUCCUCUGAUGAACAUGUUGAUGAGAUUGCAAGAGGCAGCCAACUACUCAAGCCCCCAGAGCUAUGACAGUGACUCCAACAGCAAUAGCCACCACGAUGACAUCCUUGACUCAUCUCUGGAAUCAACGUUGUGAUGCAAACCCAGCAGAAAUAGUUGCUUCCCAUUGUCCUGCCUUGCUUAGAAAAUCUAAUUGCCAACUUAGGAGAAUAACUGGUUUUUUGUCCAGAUGGACAUCUCAGUAUUAGAACUGCAAGAACAAUACAAACUUAUUCCACCCCACCCCCAAGUCAGAUUUGAAUAUGGGUGCAGGCAACCCACUUAAUGUUUUGUAUUGUGCUUUUAUUAUUAUUAUUAUUAUUAUGAUUCCUUUCUUAAUUAUAAGAACUGCACUAUUUAAUUUUUGUUCUUUGAUGUUGCUGUGAGCUCACACGCCUAAGACACUGAAUAGAUGUAAUUUUUUUUCAUAAAACAAUAUUAGUCCUAGUAAUUUUGGGGUGAGGGAGAAAGAAAGGAAAACGCUUGCCUUCAGAGCUAAGAAACAAAACAGCAUUGUGCCAUGUACUGUCUAGAAAGGAAGGAAAGGGGGUGAAUCUUGCCUAUGCUGCUUCUGACCAAACUCAUUCAGUGAUGGCUAAAUUCUUAUAAGCCAUCUUUGCAGGCUAACCUCAGCUACAGAUAGUACUGGUGCUAUAAUAUAAAAUAAUGUCGUAUAAUAUAAUAAAAUUCCAGAAAAGGCAAAGAACUGCAAAGCAAGGGAAUUAGAAAUAUUCAUACAUGAGUAUAUACAUACAUGAAAAAAAUUGUUCUCACCAUUUUUGAUCUUGACUUCUUUAUUUCAGACAGAGAUUCCUUUUAUUUAAGUAGAUACCCAGAUUAGGUUCAGUCCAUGGAAUACUGCUAGUGUUCAGCCUCUAAAACAAAAUGAAGAUGGCGCUACUGCAGAAUUUUGUGGACUGGGACAUGCUACCCAUAUUCUGCAUUCACUUUUGCUGCUCCUGUUCCCAUUGCUGAAGAGACAAGCCUUUUUAAAAGCUGAACAGCAGCUGAAUUCUUUAACUGUGGACCGAUACCUUAAAAAAGUGAAAGCAGGCCUCUAGCUAUGUACAUAGGUCUAUUUCUGGCAUUCAUACUUUUUCUUGGGAUACCAAACCAAUUACCUUAAAAAUCUGAAAAAAGUAGUGAUUGUUACACUUUGGUUCCUAAACCUAAUUAAAAAAAUGUUUACGUGACAGUGGUCAGGAUUCGAAGGACUUCUUACAUGUGUGGGCACUCCAUUGACUAUUUCAAUAUAAUUUUUCACUCUCCCAUCCCUCUGAAUAGCUCACCCCAUGCCAUGUUGUAUACUGUUUUUAAAAUUCCUUCAGUUUCAAGAAUGGUUUGCCACAAGGCAUGGAACGCUGCUGUGAUGAGGGCUUGUAGUCUUAACGGUGCCAUUCUAAGAAGAGGUACACUUGUAAAUCUCUGACCAGUGGAUAUAGAAGGGUGUAACUCUGCUUAGGAUGACAAGGUCAGAAAUAGAAUCUGCUUCUACCUAGGUAUAUACAGAAAUUAAGUAUUUCACUUGCUUGUCUAAUAUUCUGACACCUUAGAAGAAGCAUUUCUUACUUGUUUAGGAUAAGGUACCCUUUUCUCCUCUGAGUAGACAGUAUAGAAUUCUGUCCUGAUCCACUGAAAAUCUGGUCCUCCUUGUAAAGUUUAAGUGAGACUGGAACUCAUUUGCUGAUCAUAAAUGAAUUUCACCUAGUAAAAAGAGAAACUCAGAUCUUCAUCUUUGUCCUGGAAUUGUUUGAAUUUUUUUGCCACGGCUUUUAGAACCUUUGCUUGUUAAUAUCUCACUGAAUCAAUUUAAGCUUUUACUCUUGUGAAAUAUAUUACAGACUGCCCACUUUUCUAAUGAUAAGUUGAUGUCACAGUUGAAUUACGGCAGACUUUGAGUCAAGAAGAAUUGUCUGUGUAAAGAUUUCCGUUUCGAAAGAUCCCAUUAUUGAACCAUGGCCAAGCAGCAACCCCCCCCUUCUCAUCUUCUCCUCUCCCUUCUCCUCUCCAAACGCACAGGAUAAAAGGUCAUUGUUUAGGCUUGGUGCUUCUGCUGAGAAACAAGGACACCUCACAAAGAAUUGCACUCUUUUAAAAAAAAAAAAUGACAAAGUCGGAAGAGAUACAGCAGUGACCAAUCAGCUGUCUCAGGCUGUACCUCAACUAGAGCUGCAGUCCUCAGCAGCGUCCACACAAGCAAGCCUUUUCAGCUAUCUUUGGGUGCUGAUUUUGUAAAGCGAUGCCUUACUUACUUUCUACGAAUUGUGUUAGAAUUCCAUUAGUGCUGUAUGCGAUCGGCUUGUUUAUUUAAACAAAACAGGGCUAAAGAUGUCAUCUCUUGGAAUAUAAUAAGUUGCUGUGAAUAUUGUUUGUAAAAAGAUAUGGUAUUUCUUUGUUUUUUUAAAAAAAUGUGACAAUAACUGAAAUAAGGGAUUAAAAUAGAGCUUUUUAGAAUUUCCA